GAACAUUGUAAAAAUAUGCGCGCGAAAUGCAAAUUUCAAUGGCGGCAAAAUUUUGAAAAAGAAGCCUGAGAAAUUCUAAUGGUAAAAUGUCGAAAAAGCGUGGAUUAAGUCUUGACGAGAAAAGGAAACGUAUUAUGGAUAUUUUCUUUGAUACGAAAGAUUUUUUUCAACUAAAAGAAAUUGAGAAGAUUGCCUCCAAAGAAAAAGGCAUAAAUGCUAUGGUUGUGAAAGAAAUUGUCCAAGGUCUAGUCGACGACAACAUGGUUGACACAGAAAGGAUUGGGACAUCCAAUUACUUUUGGGCUUUUCCAAGCAAGGCUAUGAAUACGAACAAAGCUAAACUGCAAGACUUAAAGAACAACAUGGAAACCUAUGAAAAAAGAAAGGGACAACUUGAAAAUGACAUCAUGGAGGCAAAAUCAACAAGAAAGGACACUGAAGAAAGGACCAAGCUCCUCAAGGAUUUGGCAGAGAAAGAAAGUCUGUCCCAAAAGCUUAAAACAGAACUUGAUGGAUACAAAGAAUGUGACCCAGAAGUCUUGGAGAAAAUGGUUGAGGAAACAAAAAUUGCACAUGAAGCUGCUAAUCGUUGGACAGAUAAUAUAUUCUCAAUAAAAUCUUGGUGUACAAAGAACUUUGGAGUGGAGGAAAAGGCAAUUGAUAAAUAUUUUGGAAUUCCUGAAGACUUUGAUUAUCUGGAAUGAUCAACUCCACAUUUGAAAACUUAAGGUGUAAGAAUUUUACAUGUUAUGCACAUAAGAAUGAUUUUGAAAAGAUGUUACUUCUUGUAC